AUGAUCGAGGAUAAGGUGAUUGUCGCGGCAGCAUCCGCUUGUUCAUUGCUUGCAAUUGGUGCAUGUCUUGCCGUGCUACCCUCGCUCUACUAUGAAAUCAACCAGGUUCAUGAUCAGGUGAGUUAUUUUGGUUGUAACCAUGCCAUAGCCCUUUCUUUUAAAAAAUCGUAAUU